ACUCGAGACGGUCAGUCGGUAUAAACACAUCGCGGAAGACAAACCUGCUACAUCGUUACAUACAUUAUAUGUUAUGAUACGUGUUAUAUACAAACAUAAAUAACAUUAUAAUGUUUUUAUAUAACCUUGUAAUAUGUGUUGUGUUGUUCGCUUGUGGAGUAGCUAACGCAAAAGAAUGCGCCGACUGCGUGUCUCUGCGCUCGUGUCAAGGAGCCGUGAAUUUGGCGAUCGAGAGGAAAGACGACGCGUCCAAACGGCUUUUUAAAAGUGCCUUCUGCGGAUAUGCAAAUGGUGAACCUAAGGUAUGUUGUUCAGAUUUUCAAGAAUCAGAUGAAGUGCUAAGCCAUCCCAAUUUGCCGCUCCUGCCAAGUGACUGCGGAGACAUCGAUGGAAGUCGUAUAGUCGGCGGGAGAGUCGCAAAGCUGUAUGAGUUUCCUUGGAUGACUCUCAUAUCUUAUAAUACACGUGAUGGUCUACAAUUUCAAUGCGGAGGCAGCGUAAUCAAUUCGAAGUACAUUUUGACGGCAGCGCAUUGCGUGGUGCCAACAAAGAGGAUCGCUGGCGUGAGGAUAGGAGAGUUUGACGUCACCAGCAGGGUCGACUGUCAAGGGGAUCAGUUUAAACCGAUUUGCGAAUCUAAUCUUCAGGACAUACUCGUUGAGAAGAUCAUCACGCAUCCGGAGUACCAAGGCGAACCGCCCGUGCAAUACGACAUCGCUCUGAUGCGCCUCCAGACACCCAUCGACUUUUCAUUCAAAAACGCAGCACCAGUGUGUUUGCCAGUGCCAAGAUCUCUUCGGUAUACACCAUUGGCGGGUAGGAACGGAACUGUUGCUGGUUGGGGUGCUACUGAAAAGGGAACUGACUCUAAUGUACUGUUGAAGGUUGACAUUCCUAUAAAAACCGGUGAAGCUUGCCGCAGGUUUUACAACAAGAACUCACUCCCUGGAGUAGACAGGACUGACAAGUCCAUCUGCGCUGGUGAAUACAAGAAAGACUCGUGCAGCGGAGACUCGGGCGGCCCCAUGAUGAUCGAGGAGGACUACGAAGGUUCAUUCAGGCUGGUUCAGUACGGCAUUGUGUCAUAUGGGCCCAGGCAAUGCGGCUCAACCUUCCCCGGAGUCUAUACCGACGUCACUAAAUUCGUGAAAUGGAUUUUAGAUAACAUUGAACCUUAAUUUAUUAGUAUCUAUUUCACCUUCAAGCAUGCAAGUAACAAAAAUACAGCUGCCAUGUUUGUUUUUGUCGUCAAAGCUUCUUGCUGUACUUAUUGCAUUUGUCACUGAGGCGGUUAUUCAACACCAUACUUCAAGGGCGCAGGGCAGUGCAUUUUAGGACGUCUUUUUAGCGUGCUCUUCGAAGUGUUGCUCUGAUAACAUUACAGGCAAUGCUUUUCCCAACAUCAGCUGGGCUAAAAGAUAUUAAAGCGAAACCUACAUAUUUUUGAACAAGCUCACAUACAUUAUAUUUAUUAUAUUGUAGAUUUUUAACGAAAUCGCUUGAAGGUUGAAGCCAACUAAAAUUCAAAAUUACUUCCGUGAUGUGUUCAAUCAAAUACGCUCGUAAAGACAAACUUCCAGACGUAGAUUCUGACUGCUUUAAAAAUUGACGAUAAAAUUACGGUUGGCUUCAGUUUCGAGCACUCAUACCAGUGUUUUGUUAGCAAGGUACAUCGUAAUUAAUUAAUUAUAUUUUUCUUGUCUUAAGUGAUAAUGACGCCUACUUAUAACUUAUUGUAAUGUAUGAUCUUAGUAAUAAAUUCAUAUUUCUGACUA